AUGGCAGAUUAUCGUCUCGGAAUCGAUUUUGGUGGCACUAAAAUCGAAAUCGCGGUGCUCGACCACGCCGGUCGUCUUCUCCUGCGUGAGCGGGUUCCCAACCCGGGUAUCUAUGAUCGUGCGGUCGUCGCUGUCAGAGAUUUUGUGCUGGGCAUAGAAACCCGCCUUGAUGCGGCACCGUUCCAAAAUCCGGUUGCCGGUAAAGCGACGACGUCACUCGGUAUCGGAAUACCUGGUGCGAUCUCACCGGAAACGGGCCUCGUUAAAAAUGCCAAUGCGACGUGGCUCAACAAUAAGCCUUUUGGCCGCGACCUCGAUACGGCCCUCCAGCGGUCCGUAAGAGUCGAAAACGACGCCAAUUGCUUUGCACUAUCGGAAGCAUCGGAUGGCGCGGCUGCUGGGCAGAGCGUGGUGUUCGGCGUCAUUAUCGGCACAGGGAUGGGGCGCGGCAUUGCCAUGAUGGCAAGCUUAUGGCUGGCAGGCACUCCAUUGCAG